AGAGAGAGGUCUGAAAUGAGAGAGAGAAAGGAGGGUUAGUAUUAAAAGAGACAACAACACAUGAAACAAACAAGCACUGUAGUCAAUUACCUACUGCCAUUGAACUUUGAACCUCUGCAACCUCAGAAGUAGAAGUUUCCCACUGAUAAUUUCUAGGGGGGGAAAAAAAAUGGCAAGACCGAGAAUUUCAACAGGUCAGGGGUGUGAGUGUAAUUUGGUUUAGGGACCCAAAAACAUUCUGAAAUGAUUAAACAUAUAUGUACUGAUGAUCUUCCCACCUUGUCAUUCUAUGCAAGUACCUGCCUUUUGACCAAUAAUUAACGACAAUUAACAGUCUUGUACCGAGGAUAAACAAUCAUGAAAGAAAGAUAAUCUUUCCUUGUGAGCUGAGCGUCCUCUAACAUCUAUAAAUGAUCUCCCUGUUUCAUCUGACCAAACAAUUUCAGGUCCUCUCUCUCUCUCUCUCCGCACACACACAAGACAAAAACAUAUACACACUCCCCACCAAGCAUAGAAGAUGUCAUCAGUUCUCAAUCAUCUCUUUGAUCUUUCGGAACAGAUAUGUUACGUGCAAUGUGGUUUCUGCACGACCAUUUUACUGGUAAGUGUGCCAUGUAGCAGCUUGUCCGUGGUGGUAACAGUGAGAUGCGGCCACUGCACAAGCCUCCUCUCUGUCAACAUGACCAAUGCUUCUUUCUUACCUCUCCAUCUUUUAACCUCAGCUUUCAACCAUGAAGAGCCAAAUCCAGAGGAAAAUGAUGCACAGAAGGUCUUGGACCGGCGCAGCCCAUCCAUGGUGGCCUCUUCUGACCAUGAGGAAGAGGAUGUAAUCUCCGGGAAUCACAUCGUUAACAAACCCCCUGAGAAGAGACAACGAGCUCCAUCAGCCUAUAACCGCUUCAUUAAAGAGGAGAUCAAGAGGCUUAAGGCUGAGAAUCCAAACAUGGCUCACAAGGAAGCUUUCAGCACAGCUGCCAAAAAUUGGGCUCAUUGCCCUGCAUUUCAGUCCAAAGCAGAUGAAGAUCACUAUAGUCAGAGUACUGAGGAAAACAUGGCUAUAAAUUGGGACUCUCGAUCAUGAGGUCCAUGAGGUAAAGAGCACUUCAACUCAUCGAAUAUCAUGAUCAUCAGCAGUUUCUUCCCACUUUAUUCACGAUCGAGGACUGCCGAUAUUGGUCAACUUUUUCUUCUGAGCAAAUUAAAUCGGUUGUAAUAUAGGGUUUGUUAUAACAUCAUGUUAUGAUGAUAUGUCAUGAUCAAUCAUGCAUCACGAUCAGAUCGCAUGUUGGAGGUUAAAAACAGAUGUUUCGAUCUUUUAAUAUAACCAGGCGCCAUCAAUUUUAAGGUUUCGUAUGUAUAUCAUUAAUUUCAAGGAACAUUUUGUUUAGCUUUCAAUUUGUCAUGAUUUGGAGGAAGGUAUGAUCACCAUGCAUAUAUAUUCAUGGAGAUGAUCUGCUGAUGAUCAAUAUGAAAUCCCGAAUUUUGUUUGGAAUAUUUCUUUUGGU